CACGUGGGCGUUCCUUCAGUGGUCGGUGAGAGCCAAUCAGAUACGUCCAGGUCACAGGCCGGUUUCGGAGCGCGAGACAAGAUGGCGGCUGCGAGGAACGGAAAGAGCGGACUCUUGGAGAAAUGGAGGAUCGAUGAGAAACCAGUGAAAAUAGAUAAAUGGGACGGAGCGGCUGUGAAGAACUCGCUGGACGAUGCUGCAAAGAAGGUGCUGCUGGAGAAGUACGGGUACGUGGAGAACUUCGGGCUGGUGGACGGCCGGCUGGUCAUCUGCACCGUCUCCUGUCUGUUCGCCAUGCUGGCUCUGGUCUGGGACUUCCUGCACCCGUUCCCCGAGUCCAGACCGGUCCUGGCCUGCUGCGUCAUCUCGUACUUCAUCAUGAUGGGGGUCCUGACCCUCUACACCUCCUACAAGGAGAAGAACAUCUUCCUGGUGUCUCUGCAGAAGGAUCCUUCUGGACUGGAUCCGGAUCACAUGUGGCAGCUCUCCUCCUCCCUCAAACGGUUUGAUGACCAGUACUCUCUCAGAGUUUCCUUCUCCGAUGGGAAGUGGAGGAACUUCCGUGAAGCCGAGUUCACGAAGUCGGUGUCGACGUUCUUCGAUGACAACGGGACUUUGUCCAUGGACCAGUUUGAGAAGAGCGUCUCUAGACUGCACGACACACUGGCCUCGGACAAGAAGACCCAGUGACGGGGCAGUACACGACUCAUUUUAGACUCCACCUCCAUAACUUCUGUCCUCUUAAAUCACAACAAACCCUUCAGACCGGAUGUUUUACACCAAUCGCAUUGUGACAUCACUGGUGGGUGGAGCCGACUCAGCUGUGGGGUCACCAGGAGGAAAGAAGCCGCCUGAUUGGUCCCAGCGGGUUCUUGAAGCAACAAGAGAAACUAAACCGAUGAUUAGUGUCGUUAGCAUCUGUGAUGUGAUGCCUUACAACAGGAAGUGGAACCUUUACUUUGAAGGUUGAACUUGUUAUUGCUCUGUAAAGUCUGUGGGUGGAAACUAUUAAAGAAGGAGAUUGUUACAGAAA